AUGGCAAAUCGAACCGCAGUUCUCACCAAGGAGGCACCAGCUCCCAGCCCACACCUGUCGCAAGCAAUCAUUUGCAAUGGCAUUGUAUACUGCUCCGGAUCAUUUGGCAUCGAUCCCGUGACGAGGAAGCUUGUCGGGGACGCCUACGAACAGACGAAACAAUCCUUGAAAAAUCUCAACGCAAUUCUAAAGGAAGCUGGUACCGACAUUCAGAACACUGUCAAAGUGAACAUUUUCGUCAGCAGCAUGGAUCACUAUGCCAACGUCAACAGAGCCUACCUCGAGGUUUUCUCUGGCACACCUAAGCCGGCGCGGACAUGUGUUGCUGCAGCACAGCUCCCCAAUGCCGAAGCUGCUGUGGAAAUAGAACUAGUUGCCGCACUACCAGACAACGCUUCGACGAGAAAAGUUUUGUCACGCCUGUAA